AUGGACUACAUCUAUGGUAAGGUGACUUACCCUAGUGGUCUUUUGAACGUCACUGGUACCCGAGACUGGGCUAGAUGGCAGCAAGGAUACAAUAAUUCGGAGGCCCAGAUGAUUCUUUAUCAUACACUCAAGACAGGCUCAGCCCUUGCUUCAUGGGCUGGGGACUCGACCAACCUAUCAGCGACAUGGAGCUCGCAAGCAGCCAACCUUAAGAAGGCAAUCAACACCUACUGCUGGGACGAAUCAUAUGGUGCAUUCAAGGACAACGCAACCGAGACCACCCUUUAUCUACAAGACGCCAACAGUAUGGCAAUCAUGUUCGACAUUGCCGACGAAGCGCGUGCAGUCCGCAUUUCCGAGAGAUUGCUCAAGAACUGGACGCCAAUAGGAGCUGUAGCGCCUGAGUUGCCCGAGAAUAUCGCCUCCUUCAUUUCCUCCUUCGAAAUUCAAGGGCAUUUCCUUGCCCAUCAGCCACUUCGCGCACUCGAGCUCAUCCGUCGCAGCUGGGGCUGGUACAUCAACCACCCCAAUGGUACUCAGAGCACUGUGAUAGAGGGCUACCUUCGAAACGGCACUUUCGGAUAUCGAAUGGAUCGCGGAUAUGGCUAUGAUCCCUCGUACGUCUCCCACGCCCAUGGCUGGUCCGCGGGUCCAACUUCUGCCUUGACGGAGUAUGUCGUUGGCCUGUCUGUAGUCUCACCUCUGGGGCUGGAGUGGAAGAUUGCACCGCAAUUCGGGGACUUGGAAUUUGCCUCGGCGGGCUUUGUCACCUCAAUUGGGAAAUUUGAGGCAUCUUGGAAAAGAGGACCGAAUGAUGGGUAUGUUCUGGAGUUCACAGUGCCGAAGCGUUCUGGGGGAACAGUCACUUUGCCUUUGAUUCCUACCAAGAAGCCAUCUAUCACCAUCGACGGUCAAUUGACGAGAGUGACUUCUGUGGACGAAGCUGCCACUCUCGAGAUGACUGGUGGCUCUCACCAUGUAGUCGUCGCGUAUGCUCUCGAGACGUCAACUCGGACAGAAGUCCGAACGUAG